ACGGAAUAUUUGUUCGAGAAAACUCCCCCUGGUGACAAAGAAUGGUAGAGUCCCCGUUUGCGCGCAUGUCCUGGGCAGGCGACAACCCGAGCAGGUAGAAACGGGUUGUUUCUUCACGAGGACAUCUUGGAGACAGUGGCCGGAAUGACCGUUACUCUCUCACCUAUCCGGCGGGUUACAUCAAAGGGAGGCCGGCGUCACAGGUAGCCAGACACCCAAGGUAUUUCUGAAGCAAGAUUUACACACACAAACGUCACAGAAUGGCUGUUGGAAAGUUGACAUCGUUCCUAGUGGGCCUACUGGUGGGAGUGACAAUCUCUGUAACACUCCUCAUCAUCGGCUCACCGCAUCUGCUCUCAACCAUCGCCCAUUACAACAACAGUUUUAGAGAACCACACAGCAAGCCUACUGUCAACAACAACAACAACAAUAAACAACACGCCACGCAGCCAAGAACUCUCGAAAGGGACUCAUUUCUAGAGGAUAGGUCCUUAAAGAAUAUAGAAACCACAGACACUCCACCGCAGAAUAAAUAUCAAGGAGAUGCCCCCAUCCAAGUCAUCGACAUCCCCAACUUGGUGUCUCAGGAACUCAGUCUCAGGAGAACGGUGUUUGUGGGGGUUCUGACGUCUUGGAGCGUGCCUUCUAGUACACAGCAGUUGAGCGUUAUGAAGACAUGGGGAGCAGAGAUGGCGGAGGGAGACAUGACGUUCUAUGCGGGGAUGGAGGAGAGCAUAGAGGAGGACGAAAGUGUGCCUGUGCAAAGGGUCACUGGUAGCACCAUGGGACAGAAGAUGUACUCCGCCUUGCGGCACAUGUGCUAUGUGCACCUGGACAAGUUCAAGUUCUUCCUGCUGACUAUGGACAACACUUACGUCAAUGUGCACAACCUGACCGUACUGUUGGAUGGGCUACAGAGUUCGGAGGUCAUCUACAUGGGCUCCAGCAAACGUGGCCCAGGCGACCCCACCGCAGUCCAGUACUGUGAGCUCGGGCCCGGUGUCGCGCUGAGUAGGAAGGCCAUGCAGGGACUGUGCACUCACGUGACCAGCUGUGCGAAACUGUCAGCCAAUCCCAGCCCAGCUUACAGUCUGGCCUUGUGCCUUCAGAUGACCACUGCCACCAACUGUACUACAAGUGCAGAGUCGAAGAGGUUAUUUCACAAACUCGGGGACUCGGAAGACUUCGACGGAGACCUGGACGGAAAGCAGUUUGUAGCGUCCUCCGUCACGCUCCAUCCCGUGGGCCGGCUGGAGACGAUGUUUAGACUUCACCAGAGCUACGUCAUCAGGAGGAUACAGGACAAGUUAUUAAAUCACAAAGACUUGGAGGACAGAAUUUACCGCCUCAACAGGCUCAUUGCCACGACAGGGCCCCACGGGGAUGUCAAACUACUGCUCGGCGACCAGGAUAAAUCCAAAUCACCUGAUGUCGUUCCCUGGCAACUGAUUUAUGAGGACAGUGAAGAAGAGGAACAUCUUGCCGAUAUCUUACCAAGUCUUGGCGAUGUUGUGCAGCUUUCUGUAGAAGCUCUAAGGGCUGAGGCUAUGAUAGAAACUAAACUGAAAGCUGUCUUUCAGAGAUACCACCCCGUCACGGGCAUCGAGUAUAGACUAGAGUACGAGGAAUCAGACGGCGAUUUUGCGGCUUCGCAUUUCGUGGACGUACAGAGACCGUACGGAAAUCUUCGUACGGUAUCUGCAACAGUAGGCCACAAAGAAAGAGUGAACUUCGUCGUGCCAGUGUUGGAAAAUUCGCAACACCUCGAGGAGUUUCUGCAAAUGUUUGAAAGCUCCUGCUUGACCGUCAGUGAUGGGAAUGAAGUCGCCCUAACGAUAGUUAAUUUUGGCGUAACAAAGAAGUUUAACAGGUUACACCAGUUACUUUCUCCAUACGAGAAGAAAUAUGCGGAUUUUACCAUCAAAGUAAUCAACGUGAAAUCGGAAUCGUUUUCGUACGCACGAGGAAUCGAGCUCGGUGUAAGAGCAGUUUCGGACCCUGACUCCUUACUCUGUGUUCUAGACAUGCACGCCACAAUAAGUCCCGACUUCAUGAACAAAUGUAGACUCAAUACGCAACGAGCAAACCAAGCCUACUUCCCCAUUCCGUACCAACAGUUUGACUUAUCUGCGACCAAAUCGUCUUUGUUGACAGACGUUGACAUAGCCCCCGGUACGGGAUUCUGGUGGGAGAACAACUUCGACACUUUCUGCGUGUACAAAUCCGACGUGCCGAGUUUGGAACAUCUCCAACCCAGCGGCAGAAACCUAAGUGACAAGUUAACAGUGCAAAAAUCCUUCAGUGUUUUUCGCGUGCCAGAACCAGGGUUGAUGCUACCACAGAGGGAUCGUCACUGCAGUUCUAAAUUCAUGACGUUCGACCAAACCGAUAUCUGUUUACAGAAGCAAAAAGAAAUCUUGACUAUGCAGAGACACUUCAGCAAUUUGACGGGAAGAUGAUAGUGUGACUAAACGAAUACAUGUUGCAUUUUUUUGGUUUGCUUUUGUUGCUGUUAGUAAAUUACGUUUACAUGAAA